UUGUGCUUGCCAAGACGCCAAAGGGAAAUGUGCGCUGAUACUUCGGCAUAAACACCCAGCAUGGACUGAAAGUUUCGUUGGUGUCACUGAGGUCGUUCAUUAAGACUGCACGGGAAGUAGCCUACGGCUGAUUACAGAAAAAUGUGGGGACAACAAGGGGUUUAUAAGCCUAUGUGAAAAUGAAAACCCACUGACUGUCUGUCAGUCAGUUGUCAGUGUCUGCUUGGUCCUCCGCGGUCAGCAUUGGGCAAGGCCUGUCACAGCGCUUCCCGUAAUCUGGACUAGCGAGCAAGACGUUGAGCUGGAGGACCAAAGAAGAGUGGGUGCAACCCGCGGAGCAAGAUAAGCGGGAGAGCGAGUGUGUGUGUGUGUGUGUGUGUGUGUGUGUGUGUGAGAGAGAUAGAGUGAGUGAGAGAGAGAGAGUGAGUGAGAGAGAGGAACCACUGCACAGCCAUGUCCCAGGAGAAGAGGAAACCGAGGACCAAGGACGUGGUGCCGUCGGACGGCGGCUGGGGUUGGGCCAUCGUGGCCGGCUGCUUCAUGGUCACCAUCUGCACGCGGGCCGUCACCAGGUGCGUCUCCAUUUUCUUUGUGGAGUUUCAGAUGCACUUUGGACAGGACUACUCAGGGACUGCAUGGAUUCACUCUUUAGUUGACUGCACAACUAUGCUUUGUGCACCUCUUGGCAGCUUCAUUGGGAACAGGUUCUCGUGUCGCGUGGCCGUGAUUCUGGGUGGGAUCCUGGCGUCCACAGGCCUGGUGCUCAGCUCCUUCGCCACCAGCCUCGAGUUCCUGUACCUCAGCCUGGGGGUCCUGACAGGCGUUGGGUUCGCCCUGUCCUACACACCAGCCAUUUCCAUGGUGGGGGCGUACUUCUCCGAGAGGAAGGCGCUGGCCUUCGGUAUCGCCAUGUCGGGGAGCGGCAUCGGCACCUUCGUCCUGGCACCCGUCGUCCAGCUCCUGAUUGACUACUACUCGUGGCGCGGCGCGCUGCUCAUCCUUGGCGGGUUCGUGUCCAACCUGUGCGUCUGCGGGGCCCUCCUGCGGCCCAUCGUCCUCAAGGAGGACGAGGACGAGGCGUGUCCACUCGCCAGGGACUCGGAGUGCGGCUUCAAAGUCCCGACGGAGAAAGAGGCGCUUCAGACCAAGAUGGACAGUGAGCGUUGCUCUUCGUCUUCAUCGUCUUCCUCCUCCUGUUCUGUUGCGUACCAGUCCUGCUUGCAGUCCUUGCAAGAAUACAACUUUCUGCUCAUGCCGGACUUCCUGGUGCUGGCUGGAUCCUUCCUGUUCUUGGCCAAUGGCUGCAGCCUGCCCUUCGUCUACCUGGUACCGUAUGCACUGGACGUUGGGGUAAACCACCACCAGGCUGCAUUCCUCAUGUCUAUCUUGGGCAUUGUUGACAUCGUCGGAAACAUCACUUUCGGAUGGCUCACUGACCGGAGGUGGUUGAAGAGGCACCGUACGCUGUGCUACAUGUUCGCCUUGGGCAUGGAGGGACUGUGCUGCCUCUUUAUCCCCCUCCUCCGCACUUUCGCCCUCCUGGUGCCAUUCUCCGUGCUCUAUGGCUACUUUGAUGGCGCUUACGUGGCACUCAUACCCGUGGUGACCUCCGACGUGGUGGGCACUUCACAGCUGUCGUCGGCCCUGGGAGUGGCCUACUUCUUGCACGCCAUUCCGUAUCUUCUCAGCCCACCAAUCGGAGGCUGGUUGGUGGACACCACAGGCAGCUACACGGCCACCUUCUUCCUGAGCGGCUUCUCGCUCAUCGCCAGCUCGCUGCUGCUCUUCACGGCUGCGGUCGUCCGCCGUUGCCAACGGAGACACCCCCACCCUCGCCACGGGGACGCUAACGGAACCCAGGCGGCCCCCACGGAAGACCCCUGCUGUAAGAGCAAGCAGGCGGACUUUUAUAGCAUCAAAAACAAGGACAUGAUGAUCACAAACACGCCGGCCCCCACCUCCUAGCGGCGUGAAACAUUACAAAAACAUUACAAAACUGUCUUUUUUUUUUUUUUUAAUCAAGAAAAUCCCAAAGUGUAUUUCUGUCAUCAAAGUUUUCGUCGUUGUUGUUGUUGUUGUUGUUGUUGUUGCAAUUUGACUAUAAGAUUUUGAAAUGAAAAAUAUAGGACAUUCAGACGACACCAAACUACUUGUUACUCUUCCAGCCUACUCAGAAAAAGGACUCCAAAGAAGGGUUUUGUACUUAUAAAAGACACACAUCGAUGCACAUUGCAUCAGAGGCCAUUGGACCUUGUGUAUCAUAUCACACAAAUAAUGAAUUCACUUUCACUGUUGCCAGUGAAAUCUAUUGUUGAUUUAAUGACUUUAAUUGCCAUUGAAUUACAUAAACAAUGAUGUGUGCCUGUUCGGAAAUCUGGAAAGCACCGUUUCUGCACAGAAGUGUCCUCGUGCAGCUCAGGGUACAAAUGGAAGUCUAUGAAUAAUCUUAACUUUUAAUUGUAUUUUUCAUAAUUUCCUAAGAAUAAGAUUACACACAGUCGUAUUCUUUCUUGACACCAAAUGCACGCAAUACCAAACUUGUCUCUCUUGUCUCUCUACGUGAUACAAAUAACUGACAUUUUAGAUGAUUUUGACAUUUCAAUGCAAUGCAUUUGCAGUUUAUAUUUUAGGCUAACACCACUACAGCUCUGCUGCCAGUCUGGAUGGAACAUUUUAGAUGACAUGAAUUCACUUGUAAUUCACAUACAGGGGCUAUUGCAAACAGGACAAUUUUUCAUAGCAAUAAAUGUAAAUUCAAUUUUCUAGCACAUUUUUCUAUUUGUAAUAUAGCCUCUACAUAUGUUGGAUAUUAUUUUUGAAUUUGACAAUUAAAAUACUGGAAACAUC